AUUUGCCUUAAAGAUCGAAGCGAACUAAAAUCUCAACAGUACCUUCGAUUAACCUUCACAAUCACUUCUAACACAAUUAAGAUAAUUGACAAAAUCAUUCGUGUAAACCUAAUCUCCAUUUACUUUGAUUAGAACUGUGAUCAAUUGAUUUGGAAAAGGCGCCAAUAUAAAUUUUCCUCUAUGAUGUAAUCAGCUGCUAUUUGUGGUUCCAUUUCAAUUGAACAUUUCACUUCUUGUUUUCUUUAAUCAAUUUCUAUUCUUAAAUCAACUUACUAAAUUCAUUAUCUAAUCAAUUGGAUUGGUCAUUUUCCUUUAAUUGUUCCUAACCUGUGAUUGUGAACUUGAGGUCAUUUCGAUUUUAUUUAUUUAAAUGACUACCUAAAGGUAACCUUUGUAUCAACACUGGUUCCUCUUUGGGUUAAUAUUAUCAUCAAGUUAUAAUUAGCUGAUCAUAUCUUUUUCUUGAUAUUUUAUUUGCAUGAUAACUAAUUGUUUAUCCAUUUUAUUACCAAGCAGGAUGAUUAAGCUGUUAUAAAUUGUCGCUAGCCUUGAGUAAAGUGAUUAAAUUGUUACCCUGUCACAAUCAAGGAAACACUUUAACUUGAACGUCAAGUUUUCAAUUUCUAACCAGUGAAAGUGAUCGUGUUAAUUGUUUUCCAUUGAUUCAAUCAUCGCCUGUUUAUUAUCCAACUAGAGACACCUAUUGAUUAACUUACCUUUAAUUAGCUCUUUUCGUUAGGCCUAAUUAUUUAUUACGAUGGAGGAGUUUUUCCAACUGUGAAAACCUUAGUGAUUAUAACUAAUUCAUCUUGCUAACUGUUUAUUGUGUUUACAUUUUAUUUUAUUUUUCUGUUUAGAAUUAUAAUUCUACCUGUUUAACUCAACGUAAUGAAUGUUUUAAUCAUGGUUGAUCUAACGUUAUUUCUUUUAACUUGGAACGUAAAAGACAGCGGUCCAGAUAAUGGCGAUUAUAGUGACCUACUUAAUAAAGCAUUUAAUUCAGUUAAUGGUACUAGAGAACCUGAUGUAAUUGCUAUCGGAUUACAAGAAGUGGCUUUCAAGCUCAUUGGACCUGAUCCUUGGGUUACAAAGACUAAAGAGAUAUUAGCUGAUCGUGAUUAUGUUCUGAUUAAAAAGAAUCAACUUGUUGGUAUCUUGUUGAUGGUUCUUGUCAAAAGAAGUGCAAUUUUAGAUUUUAUUAACAUUAAAAUCGAUUAUACGAGAACUGGAUUAGGUGGACUUUGGGGUAAUAAAGGCGCUGUUUCCGUUAGAUUUGACCAUAAAGGGGUUGCCACUGUUUUAACAAAUUCUCAUCUUGCUGCCCAUGAUUACAAUUUGGAAACACGAAUCUCCGAGUACAAGAAAAUAAAUGGAGGUCAAACUUUUGAAAUUAAAGAUCCAGAAUCGCGCUCAUUACGAAUAGAAGACCAUGAUGUAUCCUUCUGGUUGGGUGACCUAAAUUUCCGUUUAGAUGAAUUAACUGGACAAGAGAUUCUUCAAAAAGUGGUCUAUGCUGAUUUGACCAAAAACGAUGAGGAAAGAAAGAAACAAAUUGAAAAUCUUUUGGAAUAUGAUCAAUUAUCAAAAACUCGAAGACUCGAUAAAGCGUUUAAUGGAUACUCAGAGGCUCCUAUUAGUUUCUCUCCAACUUAUAAGUUUAUCGUUUGGUCAAAUGAAUAUGACCUUGGCCGAAAACCCGCUUGGUGCGAUCGGAUUUUGUAUAAAGUUAGAGGAUCAAGUGCAAUCAAAGUUUCUCCGAAUGAAUAUCGAAGUCAUCCCGAGUUUUCUCAAAGUGACCACAAGCCCGUGACCAGUUUUUUCUCGCUGACCAAUCCAACCAAAUUGAAAGUUAAAAGGGAAAUCAGACCCUCACCUAAACUCAAAUUCGUUACUCCAUCAGAUUGGAGGAUCCACCAUGAUGCAUCUGCUUUUUACACCAUAGAUGAUUCAGAAAAUAGUGGAAAAACUUAUUCUUCAAGAGAUUCUACUCCAGAUAGAGAUUUAAAUUCAACGCGACUAUUGCGACGACAACAAAGAUCCAAUUCAUUAGAUUUGUCCUCUAAAUUAUCCGAAUUCGAUUGGAUUGGAUUAUAUCCAGAAAAUUUUACCGAUCUUGAAGAGCCCAUUAGCUUUGUUUGGUCUAAUCCUGAGCCAGUUCAAUAUUCUGGUACUAAUCGACAAGAGCGGCUAUCUACUUCUUCAUCUUCUUCGUCCUCAUCAUCAUCAUUUGAUCUUUUGGGCUCAGGUAAUAAUCUUCCCAAUUCACCAAUUUUCAAAGUAGAUUUUUCCGAAUUGGUUUUACUUAAACCAGGACGAUUUCGACUUCUCUAUUUCAACGAAGAUGGACAACUUCGUGCAAUGAGCGAUCCAUUUCCAAUAAUCAAUUAAUUCUCUACUCUUUUUUUUUCUAUUCUUGACAAAUAAAGUUAUUUUAGAAUUUAUUUCAACUCAAAAA